AAAAAAUAUUGAAAACAUGUAGUUUAUUAGUACUAUAAAUUUGAACAAUGGCGUUCUUUUUUCCUAAAAUUCUAGAUGUUGACCUCCCCGGAGAAAGAUGUGGACACGUAGCUGUGUACUGGAAUGGGAAGAUAGUCAUUUGGGGUGGAUUUACAGAUGUUUUUGUGGAAGACUGGGGUGUCUCGGUGGAAAAGUACCACAACAGUGAUGAGCUAUGGAUGUUUGAUGUAGAAUGCUAUACAUGGAGGAACUGCAUAACCAUUGGUGAGAUGCCGCCACCACUGUCUGGCAGUUGUGCUGCUUGUAGUGAAGAUUGCUUGUACUUGUUUGCUGGUCAUAGCUCUAAUGGACCAUCAUCUAAAAUUUACAUGUUAAAUCUCAAAACCUUGGUGUGGAAAGAUGUCACAUCUACUGUCAAUGGGAAAACACCUCUGCCAUCUUCUCGCGAUAAAUUAUGCUGCUGGCAACAUGAUGACCUGAUAAUAUAUUUUGGAGGRUAUGGUUUACCACCAAAUUCCUAUGAACAAGGUUCACAUAGCUACGGAGAAUUUGUUUAUAAUACAGUUGAUCAUUUUGGUGACAACCGAGGAUGGAAUAACAAUAUAUUCAUUCUAGAUACUGUAAACAACAAGUGGAUYCAAAAGGAUAUCAAGGGGUACGGUCCAUCACCUAGAGCAGCACAUGCAGCUGCUAAGCUUCAAUCAAGAGCGUAUGUCUUUGGUGGUAGGUUCAUGGAUAAAAGAUUAAAUGAUUUGCACUACUUAGACAUUGAUUCCUGGACUUGGAGUGGCAGUCUUGUAACUACAGGGUGUGUCCCAGCUGGAAGGACUUGGCAUUCGUUUACACGSAUUAGUGACAAACAUAUUUUGUUAUAUGGAGGAUUAAAUAACAACAGACAACCUUUAGGUGAUGCAUAUAUUUUGGAUAUCAGCCACCACUGUUGGUCAACUAUCACCCCGUCAAGUGAUCCUUAUCCCAGAAUGUGGCAUACUGCAUGUACAACCUCAAUUCCUGGCGAAGUAAYCAUCUUUGGUGGUUGCGCAACGUCUCUGCUGGAAGAAGCGCAACCCGAUCAUUCUAAUAAAAUAAUUAUAUUCAGAUGCACAGCUCUCCCAUUACAAAGGCUAUGUACCGAUGCGGUCAUGAAAUAUUAUCAAUACAAUGUACAAAGCAAAUUAGACAGCGAUACAGUAUCCUUACUUAAAUCGAUUGUAUCUCCAGCGAGGCUGAGGAAACUAGCUCUUGUGUAGUGACAAUCAGUCUUGUGWWRUGRCWAUCAGUCUUGUGAUGUGACMAKCAGUCCCUUCGACAGGAUGAUGUAGUAAACACAUUGCUAUGUAGUGUAGAAACGUUGUAAGGCUAGAUCCAGUCUCCACAGUAUGUAACGGUAGGCGUGGCAGAAAAAAAGCUGUAUCUAUAUAGCCGACUUUGGAUAUUUUGGAAGAACCACGCACGAAUGAAUUAUAAUCUCAUUAAUUUCUCCAAAGCCUCGUCCUCGGCUAUUUUGCACAGGGGCUAUUCAUCUAAAAUAUCAAAAUUGGACUAUUUCUUGACGGUUACAUA